AUGGGCCAGCCCGAUCGAGACCGGCCCCCGGCGAAACGUACUCGAGGCGGCCUUUGGAGGCAGAGGAGAAGGGAGUUGCAGGAGGAGGAUUUGGCCAGCGUCCUACGUUGCCUUGAAGAGGAAUUCGCCGUAAAGGAAAGGCUGUCCAACGAGCAAACCUGGUGCACGCCCGUACCGCACGAGAGGAAGGUGUCGACGGUGCGAGGUUUCUAUCGGGCCUUCCACGACGUAGACACGCUGCCGAUACGGACGUGCAUACUAUGCUACCGGAAGCGCACGGCAAGAGAGCUAAGGGAGAUGGCAUGGGACCAGUGGAUGUCGAGUCCCACCGUCAAGGGCGGUCGCUCGCCGUUUGCGUGCCGGAGUUGCUUCCGCGAGGGCGAGUCAGUCCUGGUCUGCGAGGAGUGUUCUCGACGCUUGGCGCGCGGGGUGUUGUCGCCGGCGGCUCAACUCCAUAGCCGUCUCGGUUGUGAGCACGUGUUCCCCGAUGAGCUCAAGGGCCUUACGCCGGUGGAGGAGAAGCUGAUCGCGCUGAACUCAUGUUAUGGGUUCGUCACAAGAUACAGUGUCUCAGGCGGCCAGAAGCAGACGUUGAGAUAUCCCAAGCACGUCAAGGGCCACAUCACGGUGUUCCCGAACAACGUGCAAGAGCUGGUGACGAACGUCCUGCCACACUCUCUCUUGCAGGUAAUGGACGAGAUCCACGUCUCGUGGCAAGGGGCGGCAAGGCCGACACCGAGCGACUUGUCGAGUCUCCUGUCGGUGAGGCGGCGAGUUGUCGAGAGGGCCCUCGUCUGGUUGAGGAGGAACAACCCACACUACGCCGGGAUCGAGAUCGACGCGGCGGAGAUGGAGAGCUGGGGAGACUCGGCCCACGGGGUGCCGCCGUUGGUGUACGAGCGCCUGGAGCGGGACGAGCCGUCGGCGUGGGAGAAGACGCGGACGGCGCACGUCGUGCCGCCCACGGAGCGGGCCAUGGACGACGAGGGGGCGGUGGAGAUCGAAGAAGUCCUCGCCAUGCUCAACCAAGGGGAAAGCACGACGAGUCGCGAGGCCGGCGAGCCAGAGGCGGGCGAGGUGGGCGAGGUGCGUGGUCGGAGCUGCGGUGAGGCCGAUGACGAUGCGAAGACGAUCAACGAGGUGACCUCAUCCGGAAUGUUUGCGUUGGACGGGCCGCCCGACGUCGCCGACGUCGACAAAUUGCGGUUCGCUUACGAUGCCGUUCGCGAAGGCGCAGCCGACGGCGGCACGGGCCCGAGAACGUGGGUGGAAACCUCGGCAAGGGGGCAGCCAGGGCACGCCGAUGGUUCUGAGCCGUACAUCCACAUUCGCCGCGCGGACGAAUUCGCCGACUCGCUCGAAGCUUGCUUCUUCGCGAAGACCUUUCCCACACUGUUGCCAUUUGGCAUCGGAGGGCCGCGACCGGUCGAAGAAGCGACCGUACCGUUGGGCAGAGGCUCCGCCAACACGCGCGAGGUAGAGGCCGGGACGCGGGACCUCCUGUCGUCUCGGAACAUGAGCCUUCGGACGUGGGCAGACACGGUGCUGCGACGCCACGGCGGCCGGUUCGCGACGCACCACAUCUUCGCGUUCCUCGUCUUCAACAUGGGCGUGCGGUCGAGGAACCGUCGCGUCAGCAUGCUGAGCGUGACGAGGAAGAACUUCCGCAGGGUGGAGCGCAUCGUACGGUCGCUGACCGCGGACAGAUUGGCGGCAGCUAGAGCCGAGCUGGAGAGCACAGGCAAGACGACCGACGACGGCGUGAAGGAGCUCCUGAGGAGCCUCUCGCUAUACGGGUAUCGCCAGCCCAUGUCCAGGGAGCUCCGUCUCAGCAUGCGGCAUAAGAUCCUGGCGCUCAUCGUCCGUUACGGCGUGCCCGCGAUCUGGAUCACGAUCAACCCAAACGACAUUACGAACCCGGUGAAGCUCCGUUUGGCAGCGCACCGCGCGCGUGACCCCGAAGCCGCCGAGGAGUUCCUGCGAGGCAUCGACGCGUCAUUCAAACGAGCGCGGCUAUCCGUCUCCGACCCGAUGAGCUCAGCCAUCUUCUUCCACCGGGAGAUGACGCUGUUCUUCAAGCAUUAUGUCAACGCAGGGGGGGAGUCGAUCUUCGGGCGCAUCAGCCAGUACUAUGGCGCCGUGGAGACCAACGAGCGAGGAUCCCUUCACGUCCACGGGCUGCUCUGGCUACACGGGAACGCGCACCUGAGCUCGAUGCUUGCCGACUCGCACGGGGAAGAGCAAGCGGCAUACCGCGAGCGAAUCGUCCGCUACGUCGAUAGCGUCUUCUGCGAGGCAGGGUUCUGCGCCGUGCGGGCGGAGCGUUCGGUGACGUCUGAUAUCUCAUCUCUGCUAAACAGUUCCGAGCAGUUCUCGGCAUCAUUCGAAGAGGAAGCCAACUUCUGCGCCGGCGCGACGCAGAUCCACACCCAUAGCCCGACAUGCGUCAAGUACUCCCUGGGCAACAGGGGACGAAAGGGCGACCUCUGUCGCUUCAAGGCGCCAUGGAAGCUGGUCGAGGAUACGGCCUUCUCAUCGGACGGCGUGCUGCGGAUCCGCAGGACACAUCCCAUGGUGAACCGUUGGAACAAGGCCAUCGCCGUGGGGCUCCGCCACAACCAUGACAUUUCCUUUAUAGCGACCCAGCGGAAGACCAUGGCGCUCGUCUACUACGUCACGAACUACGCGACCAAGGUGGAGGACCCGACGUGGAAGCGCAUCGCCGCCGCCGCGGAGCUGCUGCCCGUUGUCUCGGCCGGUGGCCAGCCGACCACCGGGGAUGACGCCAGAGGUGGCGUCGUCGGCGACGACGACGGAACCAAAAACAAGACGCGGCAGUUUCUGAUGAGAGUGGCGAACCGCGUGUUCACGGAGCGGGCGCUGUCGCAAGUCGAGGUCAUCGCCCAUCUCCUCGGGUACCCGAGCGAGUUCACGAGCAGCAGCGCCUGGGCGUACCUGAACGCGUCGGUGCUCUACUGGCACGUCUCGCGACGGUGGCGACACCUUCGGCAGGAGAGCGGCACCGCGGUCGCCGACGUGUCCGUAGACGAGUCGGUCGUCGUAGAAGAAGCGGGCGAGCGGAUCAGCUUCGCCGAGGCGUACCACCAUCGGGGAAACGUCCUACGAGGCCUGUGCCUAUACGACUAUGUGUCGCUUGUUAGACUCCAACGCAUCGGCAGGGAAGGGUGCGCCGGUUCCUGGGGGGAGGUGCCGUUCGAGAGCGGCUGGGUGGCCGGUAAGGACUGGGUGCAGGUGUUAAGGCGGCCGGGAAAGCACGCCGUUGUCUGCCUUGACGGCUACCUAAGUAAGGAUUUCGAGCAGGACGACGAGGAAUCAGGUUAUCGCAGAGCAGCCGUGCAGCAUCUUGCCCUGUUUGUGCCGUGGGAGGCCUUUCUCGGCGAAGAGCGAGGCGACAUCAAUGAGAUAUGGAGGCGGGCGCGAGAGCAGCUUCCGCCGAGAACCUCCUGCCUCGUCGACAACGUUCAACUGCUCCGGCGGUCCGCCGAGGACGCAAAGCGAGACGCCAAGCAGUGGGCGGCCUCGGGCGGCGACGGGGAUCCCGCCGGAGCACUCGGCGAGGGGGAGGGGGGAGGGCCACACCCGGCGGACCACGACGCGGCCUCGGCGUACGAGGCCGACAACGCCGAAAACGCAACGCGACUAAUCGACGUUGUCAGAAGCGCGGUCGGGGCAGGCCAGAUCACGGCGGGAUCGCGCGAGCUUUCGGGAAUGAUACAGCAGCUGUGCCGCUUCCAGCAAUCGGCGCUGGCCUCGACGGCUGAGCUCCAGGCCGCCAUCGUGGCCGAACGGGGCGGGAGGCACAUCGACAUGCCGGGGCAGGUGUUUUCCGGGGCCGCGGUGCCUCCGCAGGACCAGGUCAAGGCCAUCAAGUCGCAGCAGACAUGCGCCUCCAGAGAAAGGGUGAAAAUGAUUCAGAGCAUACAAAGCAUGGCACCGGCCCACGGCACCGAUCGCGGCGCAGCGGAGCGGAGCGUGCUGACCGGUUUCGGGGAGGAAGACGUGCAGAUGACGCGAGCGGAAGCCGAGGAGACGGCAGGUAACGCGGAGGCCGGAAUGGAAGUCCGCCUCGGCCCGUCGACCUCCUUCGUCGAGGCCGGGAAAGGCUUGACAACGCGGCUGACGCUGAACAGGAAACAGGCGAUCGCCUUCUCCAUAAUAUGCCGCCACCUGGACUCGAUGCGGCAAGGAGACGGAGGCGACGUCAGCCAGCUCUGCCAGUUCGUCGGCGGCGAGGGCGGCACCGGCAAGUCGCGCGUCGUCGAAGCCCUCGUAGGCCUCUUCGCCGCGAAGGGCCUCUCGCAUCGCCUGCUGAUAACGGCGACGUCGGGGACCGCCGCGGCGCGGGUCAACGGCAUCACCAUCCACUCCGCCUGCGGCUUCACCAAGGACCAAGGGCCGGGCGCAAACACGGCGAACGACUUCGACGGGGUGCGGUUGCCGAAGCAGGCGGAGCGGUUCGUCAACGGCCAGUCCCGGAUGGACUGGCAGGACAAGGACGUGCUCGUCAUCGACGAGGUGAGCAUGCUCGGCUCGCGGACGCUGCACGCCGUCAACGAGCGGCUCUGCCAGCUGCGCGGGUCGCAGCGGGAUUUCGGGGGGAUCCCCGUCGUGCUCUUCUGCGGAGACUUCCACCAGUUCCGGCCGGUCCAGGAGAGGUCGAUCCUGCUGCCGAGCGCGGCCGUCUCGUGGGACGAGGACGACUCGUUCAGGGCCGAGCAGCGCCACCAGCACGACAAGGCGCACGGGCUGUGGAAGAGGUUCACGACGGUCGUCAUGCUGGACGAGCAGAUGCGCGCCGCCGGCGACCCGGAGCUGCAGAGGCUACUGCGGCGGAUCCGGCAGGGCGUGCAGGACCGCUCGGACCUGGACCUCCUCAACUCGAGGUGCCACCGGGAAGGCAGGCGGAUCCCGUGGGAAACGGGCAUCACGGUGGUGACGCCGCUCAACAGGAACCGGUGGAACCUCAACAUGGAGGCCAGCCUGGCGUUCCAGACCCAGCAGCGGUCGACGCUGCGCAUCUUCCUCUCCGAGCACAAGUGGAAGGACGGCCUGCCGACCGAGGAAGAGGCCGUCAUGAUGCUGAACCAGGGCGACGAUAGUGCGAUCCCGGUGCCGGCCGUCUUCAUGUUCGUGCCCGGGAUGCCGGUCGUCGUGAACCACAACACCCACCAGGGGCUGAAGCUGGUGAACGGCGCCAGCUACACGGCGGCGGAGGUCAUCAUCGACAAGGCGUACCCGGGGCAUCGGAUCUCGGCCGACACGACGAUCCACUUCGGGCCGCCGGCGGCGAUUAUACUGGGGUCGGAGACGACCAAGGACUUCCACUUCGUCGGGAUGCCGCCCGGGACGAUCCUCCUGACGCCCAUGAGCGUCAGGAUCCAGCGGAAGCGGAAGCGACCGUGGCAGCAGAACGACGUCAGCCGCAAGGGCCCGCCGUGCGCCGCCGCCUUCGCGUGCACGGAUUACAAGGUGCAGGGAGGGACACUGGAGCGCGUGGCGCUCGAGCUGCGAGGGACGAGGACUACAAACGUCGGCGGACGCGCCGUCCCGUCGCAGUGCGACCCGUACAGCCUGUACGUGCAGCUGUCGCGGUGCCCGACGCUGGACGGCAUCAUGCUCGUGUCGAAGGCGCGAGAGAGGGACCUGGUGGGAAACCGGGUCCCCGGGGAGAUGACCGCAGCACAAGCGAGACUGGAGGAACUAAGCGACAGAACCGUCCGGGAGGCGCUGCGCUGGCUCGGCGACGAGGUCGAAGGCGCGGAUUUAGGGGGAAGCCCUCCGCAGACAAUGAUGAGGUCGUUAAGGUCGGAGGCGGAGGUGGGCGGGAACGGUCGACGAGGUGUAUAUCGCGUCUGCAAGGCGUUUGGCACGAGUAGCAGGUCGAUCUCCAUAGCCAUCAUCGCCUUGGGUUGUCACGUAUACUCGGAUGAACUCGGCGAGUGUAAGGUGCCGAAACAGCAAUUCGUGGACGUUCUUUUCUUUGCGGAGUAG